AUGAUAUCGAGAUUGCCUUUAACCAUUUCUAAAAAUCUUAAUUUGAUCACACUUUGUGGUAGGGAAUACAGAUUAUCGUAUUUGGGUGCCAAAAAAGGUCUAUUUCCUUCCUUCUUCUCACGCUAUUUUUCUGACACCGUUAAUACUAACGCUGAAGCCAAGUCUGAUGAUUCUCAACCUGACCUGGAUUCUAAAUGGAUGUCCAAGUCAACCAAGGAUUCCAAACCUCCCAGGCCCUCUCCCCCUUUUCAACUCGAUUCCACUCCUGAAGAGUUAACUGAGGAGCAGCAGCUUCAGAAGCAGGAAAUUAUAAGGGAGCUGACCAAAAAACUCAGCGGUCCUCUUGCCGAUGAGAAUGGCAACGUUCCCACUGGUGACCAGAGGCCCAUUGCCAUCGAGGUUGACGGCCCCUCCCACUUUUACUCCAACAGCACUAAGUACACUGCUUACACCAAGCUCAAGCACCGCCUUCUCACCAGGAUGGGAUACAAGGUUCUUCACGUCCCCUUCUUCGAGUGGCGUCGUUUGCGCGGUGCCAGGGAGCGCGAGGAGUACAUGAGGGAGAAACUUAAGGAGGAGCCCACUGAGUGGCUCGACCCUGAGGACGAGGAGUUUUACAACAAGCGGGUCGAGUCCCUCAACCGGCAGCGUGACGACGCUCUAAACUCCCUCAAUUUAACCAGUGACUAA